CUCGCUUCGGUUCAGUCUCCGCCGAAGACCUCGUGGCACGUAUCAGUCAUUUCGCGGCACCGGUUAGCGGUACACUCGUGCGUGUGCGUUGCGCGUGUGCGGUUUUUUUUUUUUCCCCGUCGUCGCGCGUCCGUUUCCCGACACGCACACACGCACACCGUGUGUUUCACACAGUGCUAUCAAAUAUUCCAAUAACGCUUAUGUGUUUGUCGAUCGUCGUUCUUUUUCUCGUUAUUUUUCCCGUCUUGUCUACACGAGAUUUUUUUUUUUUUUUCUACGGCGCAGUUGUCCGCAACGUGUGCACCUACACCCGCCCGCUCCCCGUACAUAUUUGUCUGCCUGCACUGCACUCCCUGCUCCGGCGGCCAUCAAGGAUAUUCACCCUGAGGGAUAAACAACGCAUUCAGAAAGAAACGAAUCAUAAUAUUUUCCAACACUACCGUUCAGGAUGAUCAGUACCGUGUGAUGCCCAGCGUCAGUCCGUAGUCUACAGCUUCAGCUGCGAUGGGUAACUCGAACAGUCACGGCAGCUCGUACGCGACCAGCGACACACAAGUGAUACCACCGCACUCAUGGGCUUACUCGUUCCCGCGGUCGCAGUACUUCAGACCACCUGCCACGGGCUCAAAGGUGCUGCCGCCGCACGUGCCCAGCCAACGGCUCAGACCCACCGAGAACGGUUCCAUGUUGCACAAUGUCGGCACUAUAAACGGCAAACGGCCAUACGAGUACAUACACCGUGACGACCUACCUCAUGGAUAUGAAAUGCAAAGACACGCACCACGGGAUGGUAGACGAGAUCGUAUGGGAUACAACAUGUACACCAGUGAACCAGAUUUACGGUUCACAGACUCUCGUCAACCACCACCAAUGGGUUACCAACAUCAUAACAACCAUGGGGAUAAUGGAGCUGUCAAAGGUAGAAUGUCCCGGUCAAAAAAGAAGUAUAGAGCACCUCAAAUACCUCCUGCUUCGUCACAUCACAAUGGAAUGGAAAGUUCUUCGCCAGACUCGUAUCAACACUGGGAGAACCACAGAGAUAACAGUAGGUCUAGUCAAAAUAAGGGUGGUAUGCCGAGGUUAAGAUUAUUUAAGACUAGAGCAGAGACAAAACGUAAGCUUAGUAAAGAUGAAAUAAAGAAUGAAGAAAUUCAGUCUAAUGUCCAACCCCAAGCCAGCAAUUUACACCGAAGCAUGUCUUCCCCACAAUUUCAAGCCGAAUUGAAACGUGUUACGGAAAGGCUGAGAGAAAAGGAAUUCCGUCAUCCGCCCAUAGGCCGUGCUUCGGAAAGCUCGUCCAAUCCAGCGUCCGAAGAACGUGCGGUGAUCAUCGCUAACAACGACAAGCACCGAGAGAGUCCUGUGAACUCGAACAGAGAACGGUUGAUGGCUGACCGGGCAAAAAGGAUGUCUAGAUCGAUACCGAACCUUGCGACAAAAGUACAAGAAGACGAUGAUGUACGUUGUACGGGCGAAGGUUCAUCGGCCACGGGUUCCAACGAUGAGAACGCGAAGAACAAAAGAGACAACAAGCCGAAAACAAGUGCACCAGAUACUAAACCGAAAACAUUCUAUUUCGGUAUGAACGAAUUCAACGACGAGAAAAAACUAAACAGGAACACUGGAGACGUAGACCGAUUUGCCGAAAGUUUUAAUAAAACAAACGACUCACCAUCAGAUAGUAUUGUUAGUAGUGAUCCGACGGACGAGAGUGGUGGAGACAUAUCUCUUCAGCUAAGACCUACAUUACCUAGGAAACAAUUUGAUAUCCCUAGGUUUAGUCCUACAGCUGCCUGGCGUUUACUAACUGCUUUAGAAAGUCCAACUCCAGUUAGUCCAAAUUGUAGUGGCGGAGAGGAAGAUUUGAUACCAAUUAUAGAUCAGCCCCACAAUUCUGGAGAUAAAUCUGGAGAUAGUGGUAUUUCUGGAGAUGCUAGUCCACAUUCAGCCCACAAUUCACAAGUGGCUUGGACUCCUCAGCAAGACUUAGAAGAAACAAGUUCAGAUGGAGGGUUGGAUUCAACACCAGUAUCACCUCAAAGUUUGGAUACUACACAAUUUUCUAGGACCCGUACAGUGGCUAGGCCAAGUUUUUGUCUAUCCUUACCAAGAGAUGAAAAUACAGGACUUGACAAAAGAUAUGGGCAGUUGAAUGAAGAUUUUUCACCAAUGAACCCGCCUAAAUCCAAUGGCUAUUUCAAAUCUAAAUUAAACAGAGGAAAAACCUCAAUUGAUAAAAAUAAAUCACACUUGGAUGAAAACUGGGUGUUGAGUAGAAGUGUACCAGAUUCAUUACAUCACUCAGGUCUAGUUGGUAAUUUUCCAUCGCAAAAUUGGACCCAAUUUAAUCAUCAAAACAACGAAGAACUGGCUGAUGAAGAAUUAGCUAUGUCUUCACUGCCCAAGUUUUCAUAUUUGGCAGCAGGUAGACGAGCUAUGUAUUUGCCAGAAUACAAAUCUUUGAACUAUUUAUAUGAGAAGGAUGUGAUGAAUGUACUUGAGAAUAAAGCCAUUGUAUCAAAAUCAUGUGAAGAUCUUACAAGAGAUGAUCAAGAGGACAACCAGUUAUCAAUCACGAAUGAAAAGUCUAAACAAAAAUCCACUAGUAAAAAGUUUGCAUUUCAGAGUACCAUACGACAAAUUGAACGAAAAAAAAUAGCUGAAAAAUUAUCAAAAGAAGCAGAGUACAAAGAACGCCAAAGAUUAAGUGAAAUGGAGGCUAUGCGUCGAGUGGAAGAAGAGUUUCAACGAAAAAGGGAAAGAGAAAAAGCAGAUAUUCGACAACAGUUAAGGCUUUACACAUUAACACAAGGUGAUAGAGAACCAGCACAACCUCUUCCAUCCAGUACUCAAAUUCUUUCAGAAUUUAGAGAGUCUAGACGUGACUAUAAAGACUUCAAUUCUUCCAGAGUUGAACACGAACCCAGUAAUCGUGCUGAAACUCCAGUUAAAAAGUCCACAACUAUACAUCCCAAAGUUGUGUACCAGAUGCCCAAAAGUACUCCAGUGUAUGUAACACCAAGUACUGUUCGUAAACAAUGUAGUGGAAUCGAAAAGAUUGGUUCGUCUACACCAACAACUGGUAACUACAGAAGAGAUUUUGCUCAAGGAGCUUUACCACAUUCGGUUGCGAGUUCAGACUCUGAAGUUUCAGUGUCAAAUACUCGACCAACUUCGCGUACAAAGCAUAGAAGCAGAUCUGCCAGUCCAAUAUCUGAUCGAGAAAAAGAAAACAAUGGUAUUGGAUUAAAUCUCGAUUAUGUGCAUAUCAUCCAAAGUUUAAAGGAAAAACAAAAUAACGAAAAGACACUAAAUGAAGUUACCAGUGAAAUGAUACCGGCUAGAUCUAUAGCCGGUGUGAACUCUUUACAACCAUUUAUAAAAAAUAAAAAUUCAAUGUACAAACCUAUUGUUUUCAAUCCGAUAAACAAAAACAAAUUUGCUCAACCAUUGAUGUAGAUUCAAUUUUAUUAAUUUUAAAUAUUGAUUAUUAUAUAUAUUUUUUUUUUUAUUAUUAUAAUUUUUAAUGAAUUGUUUGUAUUCCACUAAAAUAAGUUACUCGACUAAUAUAAUUAGUAUUAAUC